AGCUGUGCAGUUUUCAUUUCGCAAUUGCAUUUUUCAGUUGCGGUUGCGCUUAAAAAAUAAACGGUCAUAAAUAAACAUGUCUAAGGAUGACAAGGACAAGGUGCAAAUCAUUGACAAGGACCUGGAUCUAUCCAAUGCAGGACGUGGCGUUUGGCUUGUGAAGGUACCCAAAUACAUUGCACAGAAAUGGGAAAAGGCGCCAUCGAAUAUGGAUGUGGGAAAGCUGCGCAUCAGCAAGACGCCGGGUCAGAAGGCGCAAGUGUCACUUUCACUCACGCCCGCUGUGCUCGCUCUGGAUCCAGAUGAGAAGAUACCCACAGAGCAUGUACUCGACGUGUCACAGGUGACAAAGCAAACACUUGGCGUUUUCUCCCACAUGGCACCAACGGAGGCGGCGGCAGCGGCUGCCAACAACGGCAAAGAGAAUGGUUCAGGCGCGACGACAGCCACUUCGGACAGCGAGAAGCUGUAUAUGGAAGGGCGGAUUGUGCAAAAGCUUGAAUGUCGUCCAAUUGCCGACACUUGUUAUAUGAAACUGAAGCUGGAGUCCAUACGCAAGGCGUCGGAACCGCAGCGUCGUGUGCAGCCCAUUGACAAAAUCGUACAGAAUUAUAAGCCAGUCAAGGAUCAUGCCCACAACAUCGAGUAUCGUGAACGUAAGAAGGCGGAAGGCAAAAAGGCACGUGAUGAUAAGAAUGCUGUGAUGGAUAUGUUAUUCCAUGCCUUCGAGAAGCAUCAAUACUAUAACAUUAAGGACCUGGUCAAAAUAACCAAUCAGCCCAUUAGCUACCUGAAGGAAAUACUUAAGGACGUCUGCGACUACAACAUGAAAAAUCCGCACAAAAACAUGUGGGAGCUCAAAAAGGAAUAUCGCCACUACAAGACUGAAGAAGAGAAGGACGCGGAGAAAGCCAAGGCAGAUGGCAGCAGCGAUUCUGAAUAGCAUCUUAUCUCACUACAAAUUCAAUUCAAUACACUUUGUGCGUAUUUAGCUAAGCGAAAAGUAAAUCCAGCAGUAUUUCUGCUCAAUUUAAAC